UGAUCGUGGAUGUAAGCGUACUUUGGUUAUUCUGUUUGUUCCACGUGUAUGAGACGUUUUGUGUUUACCACGCGUCUGUUUUUUCAUUUAUCGAGUCGCGUUUUGGGUAGGUUUUAAUAAAGCUUAUUUCGCGUCCCAGCGUUUGGCGUCUCCCAUGAACGAUUCUACCAAUACACCUUCAGUUAAUCAAUUCAUUCAUAAUCCAAGCGAUUCACUUGGGGGAUACAUCAAUGUAGAGGAGAUAGAAAAAAACGAUUGUUACUAUGAACCAGAACUUCGUUACUACAAGGAAUUAUUCUCCAAGUUAAAAGUUUCAUACAUUGAACAAGAAACGAAAGAACGUUAUCUGCGGUGUCUACUAGACAAUCCUCCCAUUCUCGUUGAACCGGACGAGAAUGCUCAAUUGGACCGUUUGAAUGCUCAGCAAAAAUCAAAACUCAAAGAGAAGAAGCGCGCCGUGGAGCAAUUGAUCGAUCACAUUGAAACUGGAUGUACAAAUUUAUCUAAUGAAUACUUAACACUUACGGAUUCAUGCAACAGUACCAAUAAACUUCUUACAGAAAUAGCGGAACUUGAAAAAUCAUUGCACGAGCUUCAACAGGAUGAACAGGCAAAGCGGCCGGUGCUUUCUGAUCUGGAAUUAAAAAUCGAACAGGCUUCAACAGAGUUAAAAGAGUUGGAAAAACGCUGCAACUCCACCUCAUCACAAAAAACGACAGAAGAAAAUAGACUGAAACUUUUGGAAAAAGAAUUCAGCGUGUUGCAGACCACGAAUGAGAAUCUGGAAGAAAAGGCGUCUAGUAUACGAUCGGAAUUAGCAUCGGAGACCACCAAAAACUCUGCCCGGAAAGAUGUUGAACAAUGGUACAAGUCGGUCAUCCAAAUUUACAAAAAGUUAUCAGUUAAUCCAAAUGACGAGUAA